GAAGGAGGGAAGGGCGGAGAAGGAGGCGCCUGGCUGCAAAGCCUGAGCGGCGGUCACGGCUUGUCAGCGGCUCUCUCUGUCUUUCCCGGCAUCAUGGAGCUGCGAGCCGAGCUCCUGAAGUCCAUCUGGUACGCCUUCACCGCCUUGGACACCGAGAAGAGCGGCAAAGUCUCCAAGUCGCAACUCAAAGUGCUUUCUCACAACCUAUACACUGUGCUUUGCAUCCCCCAUGAUCCUGUGGCCCUGGAGGAACAUUUCAAAGAUGAUGAUGAUGGUCCAGUAUCAAGUCAAGGAUACAUGCCAUAUCUCAACAAAUACAUCUUGGACAAGGUAGAAGAAGGUGCCUUUUUGAAGGAGAGUUUUGAUGAGCUUUGCUGGACGUUGACAGCAAAGAAGAAUUACAAGACAGACCGGAAUGGGAAUAGUGUUGUAUCCCAUGAAGAUGCCUUCAAGCUCUGGUGUCUCUUUAAUUUCUUAUCUGAAGACAAGUACCCUCUUGUUAUGGUGCCAGAUGAGGUGGAAUAUCUCUUGAAAAAGAUCUGCACAGCCAUGAGUAUUGAGUUCAACAGCGGAGAGCUGGAUGACUACCUUUCUCAAGAGACCCAACAGCAAAGUGGUUUGACGGUUUGGCAAUUCCUUGAUCUGGUAAAUUCAGGCCGGUUCCUACGGGGAAUAGAGCGUGAGGCCAUCAGUAUGGCCAUUGAAGAAGUCUACCAGGAGAUCAUUGGGGAUGUGUUGAAACAGGGCUAUCUGUGGAAGAAAGGUCACCUGAGGAGGAACUGGUCAGAACGAUGGUUCACCCUGAAGCCCAGUGAUCUCUCUUACUACAUGAGUGAGGAACGGAAGGAGAAGAAGGGGAGCAUUUCUCUGGACAGAAAUUCCUGUGUGGAGAUUUUACCUGACAAAGAUGGAAAACGGUGUAUGUUCUGUGUGAAAACAGCUUUACGGACGUAUGAAAUGAGUGCCUCGGACACCAGGCAAAGGCAAGAAUGGACGCUUGCCAUUCAGAUGGCAAUUCGUCUUCAGGCUGAGGGCAAGAAGUCUCUGCACAAGGAUUUAAAGCAGAAAAGACGAGAACAACGUGAGCAGCGAGAGCGCAAGAAGGCCGCUAAGGAGGAAGAAUUGCAGCGCCUCAAGCAGCUGCAGGAAGAGAAGGAACGCAAGCUGCAGGAGCUGGAGCUGUUGAAGGAAGCUCAACGGCAAGCAGAGCUUUUGCUCCAGGAAGAAGAGCAGCGGCGCCAGCAGCAACAUGAAGAAAUGCAGAAGAUGUUGGAGAUACAAUUGCGGGAAGCAGAACAGGCUCGUGCUUCCAUGCAGGCUGAGAUGGUUUUGAAGGAGGCAGAAGCAGAACGUCAGCGUAAGCGCAUUAUAGAACUGGAAGAGAUGCAACAGCAACUUCAAGAUGCACUGCACCAGGAGGUUAGAGCUCGUCAGGAUGAAGAAGCUCUAAGAUAUGCACAGGCCAGGCUGCUGGCUGAAGAGGAGGAAAAAUUGAAGCAACUAAUGAAGUUAAAGGAAGAGCAAGAGGAAUACAUCAUCAAGACUCAGCAUGAAAAGCUGGUCCUCAAGCAAGAGAUGGAAAACAAGAGCAAAUUUCUGGAAGAUGCCCAACAGCAGUUAGAAGAAGUGAGAUUUAACAGAGAGAGGAUGGACCAGGAUGUUAUGUUGGCCCAGCGGAAACUCCAACAAGCCAGUACCAAUGUAAAGCACUGGAAUGUGCAGAUGAAUCGACUAAUGCAUCCAAUUACACCAGGAGAGAAGCGUACUACAGUGACCACUGGAGGGUUCUCUGGCUUUAGUCCUGCACUUCUUUCCAGGAGAGAUUCCUCUCUCAAACUGAAACAGAAUUUGGAAAAGAAAUCUGAUGCUAUAAAAAAUGAGGGGAAGGCAAAUAUAAAUGGAGAGACUGAAAAACAGCUGCCAGUCCCUGAAGAGGAAAAUCCCACCUCAGAAACCCUCUGAUUAGCAACAGGACAGAGGAAAGCCUACUUGUUUAAAUGUAGAGACCAAGUAGUAAACAUCAUAACAGCUUAGCAAUAACUAUAGUGCAUACAGAUUUGAAAACUGGACAGAUGAAAAGACUACAUAGGAAAGACAAUACAGGGAUUGCAGUGAUGAUUCUGCUCUUUCGAGUCAAGACCAACACGGACAACUUGCUUAUAGUGUACUAGACGUACAUCUGAUAUAUAUGGACAAAAUGGAGCAUUCCUUUUUAAAAAAUCCAUACCUCAUUCAUACAGAACGAUUGGAUUACAGCUCUCCUUUGGCAUACUCAGUCUGGUUUGGCACAUGGAGAAACGUCCUGAUCACAUUGACUGUACCACACUGUGCUAUUAUUUACAUGAGGAAUUCCUAACAGCUGCUGUUGCUGGUAACCACUGCUGCAAUAUGUCAAGAUGCCUGUUUGUCUUUAUAAAUUGUAAAAUAUACCUAUAUAUAUAUAUAUAUAUAUAUAUAUAUAUAUAUAUAUAUAUAUAUAUAUAGCUUUGAGAUAUAAAAAGACUGGAUCCUGUCCUUUUGGGGUCAAUAUUGUGAUUUUUCUGCCAUAGAGCUUUAAUUGAUCUUUUUUUCCUUGAACAAAAGGAAAAAAGACUGCUGAAUAGAAGAUAUCCAAGAUUGAACGUUUAUACCGGAUUCAGAAAAUAUUUUGUGUCUGACAUAAAAUUUGAGGACAUUGAAAAGUUACUUUUCUCAGCAAUAAGUCCUCAAAUUCCCAGCCAGUAUCUUGGAAUUGUUGUGACCAAAAAUAACUUUUCCAAGCUCUGCAAACUUUUCUAAACUUUUUUGAGACUGGAAGCUUAAAAUAAGAGGCUGUAGAAGGAUGGAUACUUAGUUGGCUGUACUAAGUGGCUAGGUAGCAUAUAAUAUGCAUUUUAAAUUGAACCUUUUUAUUUUUCAUUAGAAGACUUUGUGGAUAUGUCCUGUAUAUUACCAUAUGUGUAUUUUUAUUUUUAUUUUAGGAGCCAAAAUACUUAGAAGAGAGUGUGCUUAGAGGAGUCGGCAUAACCUUUUGGAGAUGGGCUAUGAGCAUUGUGACUUUGAUGGGGUCAGAGGUGUACAAACAUUACCCUAAGAAGAGUUUCAUAGAAAAAACACUGUACGUGGAAUCUCUUCAAAGACAGGAGCAGGAAUGAAAUUAAAACAACAAAGUGAACAAGGAGAAGGAAGGCAUAAUAGGCAAGAGCGUGUGAGGGAAGGAAAAAGGAUUCCAUAUUAUGAUGCAAAAUUACAGCAGCUUUAAUUAAAUUGCAAGGAUCUGAGCAUUGUAAGUGUGCUUAUGACUGAAGUCUAAGGAUGCUUCUUAGACAAGCCUUUUAUCAUGGAAUCAGUGUGUCUCAUUCAUGGAAUUUUAGUGUGGGUGGAUCCACACAUUGUUUUUUUUUGUUUGCAGUCCAAAAUAUUUGUGUAACAAUAAUCCACUGAAGAGAAAAGAUGGAAUAACUGCACAUGUAUUUUGACUGGUAGCACAAGAAGUUUUUCAUUUAGAAAGUGUCCUAGGAUUCUGGAAGAUAAAAACAAAGUGAUAUCAGAGAGCUGUUGUUA